UCGCAACUUCCCUAGUUCGGCGAGGGCACAGACCAUAGGGUCGCUCAUUUCUCCUCUCUCAUUCCCUUUUUUUUUAAAUCGGCGAGGGUUGAUAUGGCGGAGCAGCUUACAGAUGAUCAGAUCUCCGAGUUCAAGGAGGCUUUCAGCCUCUUCGACAAGGAUGGAGACGGUUGCAUUACCACUAAGGAGCUCGGAACUGUAAUGAGAUCUCUUGGUCAGAACCCCACCGAAGCAGAGCUACAGGACAUGAUCAACGAGGUUGAUGCGGAUGGCAAUGGAACUAUUGAUUUCCCUGAAUUCCUUAACCUGAUGGCUCGCAAGAUGAAGGACACCGACUCCGAGGAGGAGCUCAAGGAAGCCUUCCGCGUGUUCGACAAGGAUCAAAAUGGUUUCAUCUCGGCCGCCGAACUUCGCCAUGUCAUGACUAACCUCGGCGAAAAGCUGACCGACGAGGAGGUUGAUGAGAUGAUUCGCGAGGCUGAUGUUGAUGGAGACGGUCAGAUCAACUAUGAAGAAUUUGUCAAGAUCAUGAUGGCCAAAUGAGAGGAGCAAUAUUUAUCUGCAUACGAGUACUACUUUUGAAUGAAUUUCCCUUCUUUUAGGUAGCCUUAUUUGCUUAGCUGCAGUAGUUCUUCGGAUUAACUAUAGUGUGUUUUGUGUUGCGAGUUUGUGCUUUGGCUUUGAGAUUUUCUGAUGUUGAUCGAUCGUAGUUUUCACUUUGUUUGUUGUGCAUGCUUUUAAGGUCUGGAAUCUAUUAUUGAUUGGUAUAUUUAGGGUUUUUGGUAAAACUAAAGCAUUUUGUUUAA